AUGAGCCGGGCACUCCUCCGCUCCGUCUUGGAGCUCCGGGCCCCUUUGCCGCGCCUCUUCCCCAAGCCGGCCACCGCCUCCAUCAUCUCGACCGCCGCGCGCGCCUUCAACACCACGGCCCCCAUCGUCGAGCCCAUAUCCGCCAAGCACAUCAAUAAUGCCACCAACCCGUCCGAGAACCAGCCGCGGCCGAUUUCUCUCAAGAAGAGCCAUCCCCAGCCGCCGCCCCAGGCCAUCCCCGACUCGGUCAAGAACCUGCUCCCGUUUCUCGCCGCCCAGCCGGGCCACUACAUCACCGUCCACAUCCACGGCUUCCCGUACCUCGUGCAGGAGGGCGAUCAGAUCCGGCUGCCGUUUCGCAUGCCCGGCGUCUUGCCUGGCGAUGUGCUGCGGUUGAACCGGGCCAGCAUUCUGGGCAGCCGCGACUACACCAUGAAGGGCGCACCGCACAUUGAUGAAAACGUCUUUGAGUGCCGCGCGACGGUGCUGGGUACGGAAUCGGAACCCCUACGGGUCAAGAUUAAGAAGAAGAGGAGGCAGCGUCGCUCACGCCGCGCUACGAGCAAGCAUCGAUAUACCAUCCUGAGAAUAUCCGACUUGACAAUCAAAACUGUGGAGGAUAUUGAGGGUCAAUAA